GUUGGUAGCGCGUACCUGACACGCGAUCAUGAAAGCAAGCAGCAUACGUCAAAGUCGAAAUCGUUUUGACAGUUGUCGACAGUUCUGUUACUGUUUAUUAAAACAGUACGAAAACAAUGGAAGUUUUGAAUUAAAUAAUCUAUUAAGAUGGCCAGGAUACGGUGGUUCACGCGUACAUCGCGGAUAAUCGCGUUAUGCAGCGCUGCGAAUUUCAUAAACAGUGCGGACAGAGUCAUAAUGCCAAUUGCCAUAGUUCCGAUGACCGAAAUCUUCGGUUGGUCUCUGCACGAACAGGGAUGGAUUCUAUCCGCGCUCGCAUGCGGUUACUUGAGUAGCCAAAUCAUCGGAAGUCUCUACCUGCCGUCCAUCGGGGUUAAGAACAUGCUGGUCAGUAGUGUACUGCUUUGGAGCAUUGCCACAAUCAUAACACCUCUGGUCUCGUCCAGUAUUGCCGCAUUGAUUGUGUGCAGAAUCAUAUUGGGAUUUGCUGAGGGCUUGGGACUGCCAACUAUAUUCCACCUGUUUGCAAACAGCAUCCCAACUGAGGGAAGAUCAAGAGCUUUUGGGUACUUGAUUGCAGCAGGUUCAGUUGGGCAAACUGUAGCUUCUGUUUUUACUCCACAUAUGCAUUGGGCAAAUACAUUUUACAUCUUUGGAGGUAUUGGACUGCUGUGGGUUGUCAUGUGGUUAUCCUUCUACCCUGACAGGCCAUUGGGUGAUGUAGAUCAGUACAUUCCUAUGCAUGAAACACAGCCAAAUGUGAUGUCUUUCAAAGGUCACUUGCUCAAGAAACUGUUCUGCAGGAGAGCCCUGUGGGCAUUGUAUGUUGCCCAUUUUGCAAUGAACUGGGCCUCGUACAUCGUGAUGCAAUGGUUGCCAACGUAUUUAUCAAGAACUUUGGGCGCUGACGCCCACUCGCUAAGUUUAACUGCAGUUCCGCACAUUCUCAAUUCAAUAUGCGGAGUGAUCAGCGGUCAUUUAGCCGAUUCUUUGCUCCUGCACAAGUCUUGGAGCGUCCUAAACGUGAGACGCUUGAUGACGAGCAUCGGAUUGGUCGGUCCGGCGCUUUUCCUAUCGAUCUUCUGCGUCGUCGACGAGCGUUUCUUGGCCAUCGUUUUCAUUUCAGUUUCGAUGGGUCUGAGCGCAUGCAACUAUGCCGGUCACCUGAGUAAUCACGUCGACGUAGCACCGAACCAUUCGGGCAUUACAUUUGCUAUCAGCAACACAAUAGCCACCAUUCCUGGUGUGAUUUGUGGCCCAUUAACUGCGCACCUCGUUACAUCCUCCAGCUGGGUCAUGGUCUACCUGAUCUCCACAGCAAUCAAUUUACUAGGCGCAUUGUUUUACUUCACAAACUGCGCCGCGAAUCAAGUCAUCUAGAAACCCUAAGAUUGUAAAGCAUUUAUUUAUUGCCCGUUAUUUUCUGUAUAUAUAUAUUGGAUUAAUUAAAAAA